GGUUUUCUAAUGUUUUAAAAUUUUUGUAACAUCAGAUUUGGGUGAGCCAAAUAAAAAUAGUUCUCUUUGACUCCACCUUGCAAGCGUCAUUGCACUAGAAAUGGUUUCUCAUUUUUCCACAACGAAACACCGCCAUCUUACGUACAUUAUGUCAACUUCGGUCGAAUUUAGUGCAGUAAUUUUGUGCUUGUGAAGCCAAGUUGUGAUGUGUCGAAGACAACCAAGAUUGAAAUACUAGUGUUUGUUUGUACCCUUUAUUGGGUUUUGGCCAAAGCAGCAGUAACCUAAAAUAUGAAAUAAGAAAGCCAUCAUCAUGAACGACCCAGACGUGAAGCUAGUGAAAGUUGAUAACUGGGGAAUAUAUUUCCUUCAAAGAUUGAAACAUUUCUUCAAUCGCACUGACUAUUGUGACUUGACUCUUCAAUUUCAAGAUAAUGCCCAACUAAAGGUCCAUCGGCUUGUCAUUAGUGCUUGUACUGAAUACUUCGAAUUACUGGAACGGACAUGUGAAAUGUACGAAGACUGCUUGGUAAUGCCUGACGACCUGCAAGCGGAUGUUGUUGUCCCUAUAGUGAACUUCAUGUACACUGGCCAAUUAGAAUUCAAGAUGGAUUCACUUGAACGUUUAUAUCAGACAUCUCAAAUUAUGAGCAUGCCAGUCUUAACAAAACUUCUUGAUGCCCAUCGUAAUCAAGCUGCGUUACAGCCAAUAAAGCCACCUUUGACUUACAAUUAUGUUAAACGAUCAUACUCAAAAUCAAAAGAUGCUAAUUCUAAGGCAAAACAAACUGUUAACAGUACAUCAUCCAGUCAUUCUCAGAUGAAGCGACCAUUUAAUGUGGCAUUUGGUAAUGUUCAUUCAAAUCAAAAAGAAAUUAAGAAGACUCAAAAACCUGAAGCAUCCUCCAACACUGAGUUUGUCCAAAUAUAUAAUUCACAGAAUCUUAAUAACACACCUCCAUCUAGAAAAGUAACACUGAGAGAUCCCAGACCCACAAGGUAUGAGUUACCUGAAGAACUCGAUACAGAUAACAUAUUUGACAACUCUUUCUCAACAAUUUCAUAUACAACUCAACCUCUAAUGGUACAUCCAGAGACAACAAAACACUAUCCAUCCCAAAGACCUAGAUUGUUUGGUGAGACAUCCGGUGCACGAAAAUUGGGGAGUGAGACAUCAACACUUGACAUUGUUGAAUGUAAAAAGGUAUCUAAUAAUGAUAGUAUUUUUGAUGAUGAUGAAGCUGAACUUGAAGAUACUGAUAUUUUCCAAAUUAAAGAUUCCACAACAUCUACAACUCAUAAGGUCUCUAAUCAACUUUUUGAUCAAAUUAUUGACCAGCCAGAAGGGCCAAAGGUGACUAUUGAGACUAAAGAUAGCAAACAAGCUAGCAACAUAGACCAUGCAAAGAUAAUAAGUGAAGUUUUGAAAAAGUAUCCUCAUUUAGUUAAAAGCAACAAGAAUAUAAAAUUAAAAAUCCUUAACACUCCAACAUCUACUCCAAGCAAGACCAAGACUAAUAAAAGGCAACGAAACUCUUACAUUUCAUUUGAAGGAUCAGAGACCAAGGUUAAGGAUGAAACUCCAGACUAUACAUAUGAAACAGAUGUCAUAGAUUCUAAAGAAGCUGCAAGAUUGAUUGCUUUAGGAGCAGAAAAUGUAAAAGGGCCGUGGAUAUGUUUGAUUUGUGGCACUCCAGGAAGAGCACUUCACUUUACGUCAUAUUACGCUUUCCGGCGACAUUUAGUAGACGUACAUAAUGAAAAGCCAAUAUGCAACAUGUGUGAAUAUUGUGGGCUAAAAUCGCCUAAACGAAAUUAUCUGCUACAUCAUCUUCUUACAAAGCAUGGUGUAGAACCUCCACCUACAUACCGCUUCCCAAAAUGUAAACUUUGUAAUUAUGUUGCUUUGACUGAAACAUUCUUAGCAAGACAUAAAUUAAUUCAUACAGACCAUAAAAACUUCCGAUGCAAUGUUUGCCCUGCUAGUUUCCACACUUCAGUCCAACUUUUGGCUCACAUACAAAAUACUGGACAUAAAUAUAGUGCAGAUAAAAAACCCAACUUACAGUGCAUAUAUUGUAUGAAAGUAUUUUUACGCGAAAGCAAUCUAUAUGCCCACUUGAAAUCACAUCACAAGGAAUUAGCUAAGGCUGACGGCAUCAUUGAUCUCUCAGAUGAGGAACUAGAACUACGAAAAGAAGAAGAACCAGCCCAGGCUACCAGUAUUAAAUUUGAGCCUCGUGAACAUGUGAAAUCUGAGUUUGAAGAAGUAGAAACUAAAUAUAAAAUAAGACCCGAUGGUAAUAUUGAAGUGAUUAAUACAAGAAAAACACACCAACCAAAAUCAACCAAACAAAAGAUUCUAAAUAUUGGUUUUGAAACAUCAGAAGUAAAACCUGUUGAAAAAAAUAAACCAGUCCAAUCUGUUACUGACAUUCAGGAUAAUGACAGUGAAGAAAUUGUAGUGAUAGAUAACAAUGAGUAUAUCAUGAGAGAUAAUCAACUUAUUCCUAGAAAGAAAACUAACAAUGACUAUCAUAUACCAGAAAUGAAUUCAGCUGAAACAAGUCAGAUAUUGACUCCUUCCACAUCCUUAGAUUAUUCUUCAAUCAAUGAAGAGAACUUACAAGAACAUAAAAUGCUGACUAAGAAGUCCACCAAUAUAAAUCGCCCUAUACAAAUUGUUGUGUCCAAUGAAGAAGAGUACAAAGCUUUAAUGAACUCAAACCAUUCAAUCAUAUUUGAUGAUGGGGAUGCAAAUAAAACAUUGACUGUAUUAAGUACACCCGAUAAUGCAACAACCUUGGACUUAGAUAAUACUCAGUCCAAUGAUAUGAUGAUUAUCCCUGAUAAUUACUCUUUGAAUGUAUCCGAGGCCUUACCAGUUGAUAAUUCUAAUAUUGUUGUUGUAUACAGUCACCCUGUAGAUGAACAAAAUAAACAGUACCAAAUAAUUACGUCACAAGACAUUGGGGCCCAAUUUGUACAAUCAUCUGCAGUGAUUACUCAAAACUUCGAAACCUUAACCACAUCUGCCCCAGUUAUGGAUGCGCAUGUUAUUCAUACACAAGUAGCUGAAUCGUGGCAGAACAAUAUUCAAGAAACUCAAGAAGUAACUAUAGUUGGACAAUCGGAAAUGAUACCUGUGGGAACAGGAUCUAAUAUUAAUAUGAGUGACCUACCUGAAGUGACGUUGACACCUGAAAAAUCGCAGAAAGCCCUUGUUCAAGAAAAUGAAACAGAAGUUGACUUGAACCAACCGAAUGAUGGCAGUUUAGAUAUAGAGCCGACUGAAGAAGCAUCAAAUAUUUCUUCAACCCCUAUGGAGGUAUAUGUAUCAACUGAAAUGACACCAGAUGAUACCAGUACUGUUAACAUUCCUGUUGUUGAAAACACUCCUAAAGAACAUUUACCUGAUGUUACACAAGAUGCGCAAGAUCAAGGUACAGCUGAGGAGCAACAAUUGAUAGAACAAUCAUCUGUUGAAGAACAAAGUGCUGGUGAAACAGAAGAUACAUUAGAAAAAACUGGAGAACAUUACAAACUCCAGAAUACAGAAAUUGAAACUACUACUACCACUGAAUCGAAAGAAGUUUCAAACAUAACUGCUGUUACAGAUGAUAAUGAAAUUCCUACUAAGGUAAAUAAUGUAGGUCCAAUACCAGAAGUAAUAAAAGAGCAAAUUCAAAGCUUAGCAUCAGAAUGGUCUGAAGAUGAGUGUGAAACUGAAGGUCAAGAACAAGUUACAGAAGAGAUUGACAAAAAUCUCGAAGAAAGUGUUCCGGCAGUAGAAGAAUCUGAAGAAUCCCAAGAGAUGAGGGAGUCACACAGUAUUGUAGAGUCACGUGAGAUGGAAGAAUCAAACGUUAUGGAAGAAUCAGGUGUGAUGGAAGAAUCACAAGACAUGGAAGAACCACACGAGAUUGAAGAAUCACAUGAGAUGGAAGAACUACACGAGAUGGAAGAAUCACAUGAUAUGGAAGAAUCACAUGAUAUGGAAGAAUCACAUGAGAUGGAAGUACCACACGAGAUGGAAGAGUCCAUAGAAAACAUUCAACAAGAAGUGGAAAAACAAAUCAGUGAAGUUACAGAGACACAUGUUGAUGCAGAAACACAAAAGAGUGCAUCUGAUAGUUUAGUUAGUACUCAAGAACCACCUGCACCUAUACUUUCAGUUGAAGCAUCACAGGAAAAUAUAUCAUCUCUACUAAACGAUUGGGAUGAAAAUGACUCUCAGGAAGGAAAUGAAAUGGUCAAUGGUGCAAAAGAUGGUGAAGUGCUGCAAUCUAUAGCUCCUGAAGAAACUGAUAGUGUUGCUGAAAUAAAAAAUACAGAAAGUAAUGUAGACAAAUUAGAACCCAAGAAAGUUGAUAAAAUACAAAGCUUGGUCAGAGAUUGGGAUGAUGAUGAAGAAGAUGGAAAAAACUGAACUGAUCAGCAUAAUGAACAAAAGUGAAUCUCUUAUUCACUACAAUAAUUAUUUUGAUUGUAUUAUGUCUUAAUUAACAUAUUAAGAGGAAUAGAUAACUGAUUUUAGUGUUGUGUAUUAUAUACUAAGUAGCAAUAAAAGGUGGGAUACCUUAAUUUUCUAAUUAUAGGAACACACAGAAUAAUACUUUCAUGUAUUAAUUAUACUUUUAUCAGGUUUGUCUACAUUUCAAUGCUUUUAACACUCUUAAUCUAGCUGGAUUGGAAUAGAUGUGUAUUUAGAUAUUUUAGAUUAUAUUCAUAAUAUUUAUUUUUUUAUUAUCAAAAUUCUUAAGUUGGUCCAAACCAUUAAGUGAAAUAAUAUUUUGUAUAAAUUAGAUCCCUUGACAUGACACUCCAGUAGUGUCUUUAUUAGAGUUAUCAUGUAACAUUAUAUUUCCUUUUUCUCACAUUAAAAUGGAUAAUGAAAUAGAUAUUGUGUAAAAAUAAAUGUAUAAGUAUACAAAA